GGCGUUGACGAAAAACAAAUGCCACACGCAAGCCGUCUACCAGUUUCUGAAGUGACAAGUCGUUUUUCGAAACACUGCUAAGUUUUGUGUCACAUUCAGCAUGUUCCUUACAAGAUCCGAAUACGACCGCGGUGUCAAUACUUUUUCACCUGAAGGACGGCUUUUUCAGGUUGAAUAUGCUAUUGAAGCCAUCAAGUUAGGAUCUACUGCCAUUGGCAUUCAGACUUCAGAAGGUGUUGUGCUUGCAGUUGAAAAGCGCAUUACCUCACCACUCAUGGAACCAACAACAAUUGAAAAAAUUGUUGAAAUUGAUAAACAUAUAGGCUGUGCUGUGAGUGGCCUUAUGGCAGAUUCUCGAACCAUGGUAGAUCGUGCCCGUGUUGAAGCUCAAAAUCAUUGGUUCACUUAUGAUGAAAAAAUGAGUGUUGAAUCUGUUGCCCAGGCAGUCUCCAAUCUAGCAAUACAGUUUGGAGAUUCCGAUGAUGAUGGAAAUGCCAUGUCAAGGCCAUUUGGUGUUGCCAUUCUUUUUGCUGGUGUUGAUGAGAAAGGUCCUCAGCUCUUCCACAUGGAUCCUUCAGGAACAUAUGUCCAAUAUGAUGCUAAAGCUAUUGGAUCAGGAAGUGAGGGUGCUCAGCAGUCACUUCAGGAAGCUUACAACAAAUCUUUAACUCUUAAGUCAGCAAUGAAAUCUGCCUUGACUAUUUUGAAACAAGUAAUGGAAGAGAAGCUAAGCUCAACCAAUGUUGAAGUUGCAGCUGUUACUCCAACCCAGCCUUUCCAUAUGUACUCAAAAGAGCAAGUUGAAGAUAUCAUAAAGGAAAUUGCUUAAGGUUCGCUGAUACUUCACGCGCUUGUAAACUCAAGGUGAAUAAUAAACCGACUGUUUUUGAAGAGCAUA